AAGGACUGUAUGGAAAUAGAGAGGGUGUGGCCUGAGGUUACAGUUUCAGGUGAGAGUAACUGAAGGGAAGGGAAGCAAAGGUUUUGUGCUGUUCCAGUCUGUCAGGACUCUUGGAAACGACUUUACCUUUGGAAUAUUGCUGAACAGAAAGGUUUACCAAUAUGGUCACUAUGCGAAAGUGCCUUACAUGCUCAAGACUACAGUUGGCUGUGAUGUUUGUGCUAACAGUUUAUCUCAACACAGAUGUCACAGAGGGUAUUCAGAUAACAUCUACAGGGCCUCAGACCAUUCAGAAAGCCCAGGGGGUGACAGUCAUGCUGGGGUGCACCUUCACCCCUGCCCCCUCUGACAUAGGAGAACUGGACAUUGAGUGGUACAACGUCCGUCCAGACAUGACCCAGAAAGACCAGCUGAUCUUAUCUUAUUCAGGAGGGAAAAAAAUGCAUUAUGGGGACCCCAGCUUGUCUACCAGGAUGAACUUCACAGGAGCCCCCGUACUGGGAGAUGCAUCCAUCUCCAUCUCUGCAGUGAAGGUCUCAGACACAGCCACCUACCAGUGCAAAGUCAAGAAAGCGCCGGGUGUCGACAUGCGAAAAGUCACUCUGGUGGUGAUCGUCCCUCCAUCAAUGCCUAAGUGCUGGGUUGAAGGUGGCGAGGAGAAGGGGAGCGAUGUCUCCCUCCGAUGCAAGUCCUCCGUGGGAUCCAACCCCAUCAACUAUGUCUGGACCAGAGAGAGUGGAGGGGCCAUCCCGCCCACAGCAACACAAAACUCUCAGACUGGAGAGCUGAUGAUAAGAAAUCACUCAGAGAGCUACAUGGGAAACUAUCUUUGUGUGGUGUCGAAUCCUGUUGGCAAAGCGCAGUGUACAUACACCCUGCACGCAUACAACCCUUCUAACAAGGCAGGGACCAUAGCGGGUGCUGUGAUUGGUGCCCUGCUACUGUUGCUCCUCCUCCUGCUUCUCAUCUGGCUUCUGGUCUGCUGCUGCCACAAGCGUCGCUAUGAGAAGGAGGUUGCCCAUGAAAUCAGAGAGGAUGCCCCAGCCCCAGAGAGUCGCCCCGCCAGCAGGAACUCCAGCUUCCGCUCGGUCCUAGGCUACCGCUCCCACCCCGGGGUGGUCUACAGCUCCGUAAGAAAGGGCCAGCCCAAGAGGACAGAAUCAGGCCAUAGCAGCAUCUACACAGACAGGAGCAAAGGCACGCCCGCCCCCAGCGGGCAGCAGGCCCCUCCUCUGUUGAAAUAUGACAGCAGUUAUGGCUACCCUGUGUAACAAUGUUUUGGGUUGGGAUAAGAAACCUCAUCACAUUUUUGAAGUGUCAGUUUUAGGACAUUUUACCAAACUUCCGUAUAAACAACUAUCACAUGCAGGCAUAGACCACCACAGUGGAGGUGUCAUAAUACCCAUAAAACCUAGCGGUCAAAUAGAGAAAUGGUUCCAAUUGUUUUCCUCCAUUUUUCCCAUAGGGGAUUUUAGAAACACUUAAAAUAAGGUCUGUGUUUUGUGUAGGCUUACCCUGGCGUGACGUUUUGAUAACCAUUUAAAUCUCUCUAGGACAAGGGGACUUUUAUCAAAAUAUUUGGUUCUAUUUACUCUGUUUGAAAAUGCUAAUUUGCAUCAAAGUAGACAUCAUGCAAGACUACAAAUCAGUGCAAGCUCCUGACACCUUUGCUAACAGGUAUUGUGUCAGUUUUAAAACUUGCACAAGACAGUUCACAGAAUUAUCAGUUUAAAGAAAUUUAGCACAUUUUUUCAAUUAUACCUUUAGCUAACAUGUAGAUAGUUAAUCGAGUGAUUCUUAACUUUGCCUCGAUUCAGCAGUUUUGUCCAGAUCAUCAUGGUAUUUGUUGUUCUUUAUGAUAGCCACAUACAGGCAAAUAUAUUGAUAAAAGUCAUCUUAUCCAAGAGACAUUUACACGGUUAUCAAAAUGUCACGCCAGGGUAAGCCUACACAAAACACCGCCCUUAUUUUAAGUGUUUCUAAAAUCCUCUACGGGAAAAAUGAAUGGAGGAAAAACGAUUGGAACCAUUUCCCUGUUUGACCGCUAGGUUUUAUGGGUAUUAAGAUUCAUACUGUGGUACUCUAUUAAAGGAUAUGUUUUAUGUAUAAUCUCGUUCCCAGCCAGAGCAUGUGAGGGGAGUUGAGCGGUUGGAAAUCCAGACAGGGAGCCUAAGAAGGAACGAAAAGUGCGAAAAGUGCGAGUGCGACACAAUAGGCUGGUAGGGACAUAAAGAUCAACCUUUUGUUGUAUUAAAUCAUUGUAGUCAAUUAUAGGCUGUGACUUACUUAGAAUUAAAUACAAAAUAAACCCAAAAAUUACUUAUUAGUGCCUUUUACAUUUUUUUAAAUACAAGUUUGGCCAGUCUGUGGCUUCAGGCUCAGAUGGUACCUGGAGAGCCAGCCAGCAGCGGAGACUACCCUCCCCACACUUGCAGAGCUACUGGGGAUGCUAAACACCCCUUUGGCCACUCUUGCUGGGAAAUAGGUAGGCCUAACGGUUUUUAGGCAAAAUAACCAAAUCAAAACGGAAUGCUCCUUGAAUGUGGGAAUAUGCCAGGCCUAUUGGGCCAAAAUCAAUUAUGGCCUGUUGUAUAGAUAAUAGAACAAAACUACACUUAAGGUUUAAGAGAUCAGAUUUUUGUUUAUAAAGACUUUGCUUCAAUGAUGUAGAGAUAACAAUGUUAUCUCCCCACCUCGUUCCUUUCUUUUAGCAUGUGCACGUAGUAAGUACACCAUUAUACUUUCAGAAUACGUGUCUUUUCAGAUUCCACAAUGAUUAUUUAAUUGUGGACACUAUAUCACCGCACUCCCUCUCUUGCUCUUGGUCCUCAUCUUGGUAAGUCACCUUUAUUAAGCACCUGUGUGUUUCAUCAGCUUCUUUCUGAAAAUAUUUAGCGAACUCCAUGAUAGUAGCUAUAGUUAGCAGCACACAAGUAGACUGCAAAUGCAUGCUGGGCCGGGCAUGCCCUGAGCUUGUGAAGUGAGUGCUACUGGCCUGAGCUCUUGAAGUGAGUGCUACUGGCCUGAGCUCUUGAAGUGAGUGCUACUGGCCUGAGCUCUUGAAGUGAGUGCUACUGGCCUGAGCUCUUGAAGUCAGUGCUACUGGCCUGAGCUCUUGAAGUGAGUGCUACUGGCCUGAGCUCGUGAAGUGAGAGCGAAAUUGGAGCCUGAGCAAAGCCCUACGCUCUAGCCUUUGGGAAUCACGCUCCAGUCGAAUUUGGAACGCUCUGCUCACAUACUCUGUUCCCAGCCACUUCCACCCUGCGCUUAGCCUGGGGACUAUUGGUGCAAUAGUGCAAUGGGUAAUAUUUUAGUCACGUGUUGCUAAAUUCAGGAUUUUGCAAAUGAGAAAGAGGUUCUAUUUAAAGUGUAUGUCUGCAGUGAGUGUCAGAUGUAUGUUUUUAAAUCUAUGUAUGUUUUCAUUGCCCAGGAGACAAGUAACUCAAAUGUUUGUCAUCUUUUCUAUAAUUUCACAAUAAAGCACUUUCUUUUUUUC